UUUAAUGCACCAAAAUGUCGGCCAUCUCUGCAUCCGAGAAAGUGGACGGGUUUACGAGAAAGUCCAUGAGAAAGGCGCAGAAGCAGAGAAAAUCCCAAGGCUCCUCUCAGUACCGCACUCACAGCGUUCCGGUCGAGCUUUCCCCGCUGCCGCAGCUCAAAGAUGCCCCCUCUACAGAGCAGCAGGAACUGUUCACCCAGAAACUCCAGCAGUGCUGCAUGCUCUUUGACUUCCUGGACUCAGUCACCGACCUGAAGAGCAAGGAGAUCAAGAGGGCCACACUUAACGAGCUGGUUGACUACGUUUCCACCAACAGGGGUGUGCUGGUGGAGUCCGCAUACCCGGAGAUCACGAACAUGAUCAGCACCAAUAUUUUCCGGAUUCUUCCACCAAGUGAAAAUCCAGAUUUUGACCCAGAAGAGGAUGAGCCCACUCUCGAGGCUGCAUGGCCUCACAUGCAACUGGUCUACGAGUUUCUGCUGCGAUUCUUAGAGAAUCCAGACUUCCAACCCAGCAUUGCAAAGAGACAUAUUGACCAGAAGUUUGUUCUGCAGCUGCUGGAGCUGUUCGACAGCGAGGACCCGAGGGAGAGGGACUUCCUGAAAACCAUCUUGCAUCGAAUUUACGGAAAGUUCCUGGGGUUGCGGGCAUUCAUCAGAAAGCAGAUUAACAACAUUUUCUUGCGGUUCAUAUAUGAAACUGAACACUUCAAUGGAGUUGCUGAACUGUUAGAGAUCCUGGGAAGUAUCAUCAACGGGUUUGCGUUGCCUCUGAAAGUAGAACACAAGCAGUUCCUGAUGAAGGUGCUCAUCCCGUUACACACGGCUAAAGGACUGGCUCUUUUUCAUGCACAGCUGGCCUACUGUGUGGUCCAGUUCUUAGAGAAGGAUCCUACGCUCACAGAGCCGGUGAUCCGUGGUCUGCUGAAGUUUUGGCCUAAAACCUGCAGCCAGAAAGAGGUGAUGUUCCUGGGCGAAAUUGAAGAGAUUCUGGAUGUCAUCGAACCAACACAGUUCAAAAAGAUCCAGGAGCCCCUGUUCAAGCAGAUCUCUAAAUGUGUAACCAAUCCACAUUUUCAGGUAGCAGAGCGAGCGCUGUACUUCUGGAAUAAUGAGUACAUCCUCAGUCUCAUUGAGGAGAACAUCGACAAGAUCCUUCCCAUCAUGUUUGGCAGCCUGUAUAGAAUCUCCAAAGAGCACUGGAAUCCGACAAUCGUAGCUCUGGUCUACAACGUGCUCAAGACGCUGAUGGAGAUGAACUGCACGUUGUUCGAUGAGUUGACCUCCUCCUACAAAGCAGACCGGCAGCGGGAAAAGAAGAAGGAGCAGGAGAGAGAAGAGCUGUGGAAGAAUCUGGAGGAGCUGAAGCUCAGCAACAAGCCACUGGUCCAGAACAACAGCCACGGGCUCCCAAGUGUCCAAAACAACAACAACAACAACAACAAUAACAGUAAUAACAGUGAGAAUCAGGACAGGAGCCCCGCUGCCGUCACCGCAAACGACCAAGAUCCUGACGUCACUGUGGCCGCCAGCGAGAGCACCCCAUGUGCCAAAUGACACCGGAUGUCAGUGUUUUACUCUGUAACGGUUUGACGCUGCGUUCAGGACUGUCGGGGGAGGAUUAACAGAGACGUAAAGACACAAAUCACACCUCAACAGUAUAUUAAAAUCUACUUAGAGUGACUUAGAACGCCAGCAUUUCUUUGGCAGGAAAAAAAUAAAUCUAUAUUUCAACUUAAGACUAUUUUUGGAUGUUACAGUGUGGCUGCGGUAAACUGUUUAUUUGUCUGAUCAAAGAUUUAUCCUUUCACAUUUAGUUUCUUAACUGAAAAUGAUUCUUUUCGUUAUAUUCGUUAUAUGAUACGCGGAGAGGGGAGGAGGAGAUAACGAUGACUUGAAUUCAAUGUUUCCGAUUGUGCUGCACUUAGAAGAGUUGAACAGCUAUUUAAAGAUGUCUAUUUUUAAUUUGCUUUUCCUCAUUGCUGCCAAUACUUAAGACAACGGCUCUUUUUUUUUUUCCUUUUCUUUUUUUUGGGAGUGUUUGGGACCAGACACAAAAAUAGACAUGUAGUGUGAGUUAUGAUACAGGAAAUCACUUCAGUGAGGAGGUUAGAAGACAGCCACUUCCUUUUAAAGAUGGCCGAAAUGGGUAAAGAUAUUAAUCCCAGAUGCAAAGUGCGUAAACGACUCUACCUGAGACUAUGGAUUUAAUUAACAUGGAGAGUUAUCUGUCAUAUUUGUGAGACUGUUUUUGUGUUUCAGGUGUUGGUAAAAAUACAUUCAUCUGGGUGAUACUGAUUUAAAAACACAGCUGUUUAUAAAAAUUAUGUACACUAAAGUAUUGUGAAAGAGGACUUCUCAAAAAAGGAAAUAUUUUUCUUAAUAAGUGGAGUUUUAAAGGAGGAGUUCAGCAUUUUUGGGAGGGGGUGGGAGGGAAUAUAUGUGAUGAAUGGGAAGAAGCUAGCCUGUCUCUAUCCUGAGAAAUGAAAUCUACCCAAACAGCACCUCCAAAGCUUAAAAAUUAAAAUGAGAUACAGUUUGUUUAAUCCAUGCAGACACUCAGUGUUAGAGGAGCUGGAGAUGCUGGUGGGUGAACUUUAUUAACUUCAGGCUACUCAUCCCAGACGAUCUUCACCUCUGAGAUAUUUCCCAAACUGCUGAACUGUUCCUUUUUUUUUUUUGAAGUGGAUUUAAACACACAAGACCUACAGUGCUAUAUUUUUCCAGAGUAUCGAUAAGCCGAAUAUUUUUGGAUUGUUUUUUUUUCCCCUUCCCUUUUUUGCAGCUGGAUUAUGAUAGGAUGCAGGAUGCGCUUGAGUGUAUAUUUGUCGCCUGGGUUUAUGUGUAUAUGUUAGCUCGGAGGCUACUUAAAGGGAAAUGCCACUCGGUUUUUGAUGUAAUGUACAGCAUAAUGUUUCUGUGGUCUGAGAAAAGUGCAGUCAGAGCAAAGACUUCCACAUGUCUGAGGCAUUUGAUGCACAGAAGGCUUUUGUGUAACCAUGCAUUUUUAUUUCAUAACCAAACGAGGCCCUUUGUGACAGUGAAACAAAGAAAACCCAGUCUUUACCAUCAACGCCUCUUCACUGUUUCUCUUCUACAGACUUCAUAAAGUUACGUUUGCUUUUGUUCUCCGGUUUCUGAUGUUGGAACUGAUGAUCGUCUUCAUUAACCUAGUGUGUCAUUGGAUCAUAGGAACAACUGGUGAGAGCGUUUCUUGUUCGACUGAACGGUUUUCCCUCUGAGGCUCGUAGUUUUCAAGCUUUAUAUUUUAGGUCCAGUCUUUCUGAUGCCUUUCUGUCAGUACAGCAUUCCAGCCUCUGUGACAUUUAAAGAAACUACAUGGGGAGCCUGUUUUGUAAUCACAGAUCUGUUUAGGUUUCACCAUCAAAUAAAGUCGACUUUAUCUUUCUA